GGGAGUGGGUGUCGGUCCCGGGGCCGGGGGAGGCGUAUCCCGGUGUGGGGGUUUUCCCCACGGCGACGGCAUCACCGCUUCCCGGUGUCACCGGUCCCGGGGAGGGGGGGGGAGAAACGGAAGCGGGAGGCGGCUCUCGGAGCCCCCUCCCCGCCACGCGUGGGUCCCUCGGACACCGGGGUUGCCCCCCCUCCUCCCGCCGGGCUGCGGGACCGAAGGGGUUAAGGCCGCGGCGUGACGUGGCCCCGCCGGCCCCGCCUCCCGGGCCGCCCCGCAGGAGCUGUCAGCGGCCCCGGCCCCGGCCCGGCCAUGGCGGGGCUGCUGCAGGCCCUGGUGGGUGCCUCGGAGAAGGCGGCGCACAUCGCCCGGCUGUGCCGGCGAGAAGAGCCCCUCUUCCAGCUGCUGGUGGCCGAGAAGACGGGGGCCGACAGGAACAGGAGGUUCCUGCAGGACUUCAAGACGCUGGCGGACGUCCUCAUCCAGGAGGUCAUCAAGCACGACCUGGGGAAGGAGUUCCCCGAGCUGCGGGGCCACAUCCAUGGCGAGGAGUCCAACGAGUUCAAGAACGGGCAGGGGGAGACGGUGGCGGUGCGGGUCUGCGCCACGCCGGGAGACACCGCCGCCCUGCUGCUCUCCGUGCUGGAGCCCGAGCGGGCAGCCGCCGAGCUGCUGGCGGCCGCCGUGCACCGGGACGUGGCGCUGGAGGACGUGGAGUUGGCCGGCGUGGCGCUCAGCAUCCCCCCUCAGGACCUGGCCAUCUGGAUAGACCCCAUCGACUCCACCAACGAGUACAUCGGCGGGCGCGAGGACGUGGCCCCCGUCGACGGCAUCGCCCCGGCGGGGCUGUGCUCGGCGCUGGUGCUCGUCGGGGCCUACGACCGGCAGACGGGCUGCCCCGUGCUGGGCGUCAUCAACGAGCCCUUCUUCCGCCGGGACCCCCUGACCCGCAGAUGGCAGGGGAGGUACCACUGGGGCGUCGCGUACGGGGACACGCGGCUGUGCUCGCUGAGCCCCCCGCCGCCGCGCCCCGCGCCCUGCGUGGUGCUGAGCCGAGCGGAGGGGGGAGCGGUGCGGGCGGCCCUGGGCCCCCUCUGCGGUGACCGCCUGCGCUUCGCCGCCGGUGCCGGCUACAAGAUGCUCUGCGUCAUCCUGGGACUGGCGGACUCCUACGUCCUCUCCGAGGGCAGCACCUUCGCCUGGGACGCCUGUGCCCCCCACGCCAUCCUGCGGGCCCUGGGCGGGGGUGUCGUGGCCCUGGCGGGGGCCCUGCGGGAGCGGCGAGCGGGCGACACCGGGUCCCCCCCCGAGCUGGUCUACAACCGCCCGGUGGAGGGGGCGGUGGGGGCCGAGCGCUGGGCAAACCGGGGUGGCCUCGUGGCCUAUGCCCACCUCCGGCACUUGGAGGCCGUGCUGGCCGCGCUGGCCGCCGUGCCGGGGCUCUGAGCCCACGGCGGCCGGGACCUCGGGGUGUAAGGUAGGGGGUGGCAGGGACCCUGGGGUGCAGGGUAUGGGGUGGCUGGGAACAGCGUUGCCAGGACCCCGGGGUGGCAGGGACCAAGAGGUACAGGGUGUCAGGGACCCCAGGGUGCAAGUUAUAGGGUGGCUGGGACCCUGGGGUGCAGGGUACAUGGGGUGGCAGGGACCCCGGGGUGAAGGGUGCGGGGUGGCAGGGACCCUGGGGUGCAGGUUAUAGGGUGUCUGGGACCCCGGGUGUGCAGGGUACGGGGUGUCCGGGACCCCGGGAUGCAAGUUACAGGGUGGCUGGGACCCCAGGGGUACCGGGUACGGGGUGGCAGGGAACAGGGUCCCCAGGACCCCGGGGGUGCAGGGUACAGGGUGGCAGGGAACAGGGUAGCGGGGACCCCAGGGUGCAAAUUAUAGGGUGUCUGGGACCCCGGGGGUGCAGCGUGUGGGGUGGCUGGGAACAGGGUCCCCGGGACCGCAGGGGUGCAGGUUUUGGGGUGGCAGGGACCAAGGACCACGGGCCGACCGGCCCCCCGGGGCGCGGGGUCCCCGGGACCCCCGGGGUGCGGGACAGGGUGGGAGCUCCGUGUCCCGGGACCCCCCCCCCCCGCGGUAUAAACACCCACCGCCCCCCAUGUCCCCCCCCUACGCGGGGCCAGCGGCUCCGCCACCAUUAAAGUGUCCCUCGCACCCGCGUGU